UGCAAGCGGAUCUAUAAUCUAAUUUUGAUUAAAUUGGUUCAGGGGGGAUUAUUUGAACAAACUUAAAUCUAUUUUUUAUGCUUUUAUAAUUCAUAAUUAUAUUCCCUUGGAAGAGGGUGUGGCCUUUCAUUUGAGUAGACUUGAAUCCCCUUCACCCAAGAAUACUCUGUGUCAAGUUUGGUUGAAAUUGGUCCAGUGAUUCUUGAGAAGAAGAUGAAAAUGUGAAAAGUUUAUGAUGACAACGACGACGACGAAAACAACGACAACGACAGACAACAGAGAAAUCUUGAUCAGAUUAGCUCACCGAAGGCUCAGUUUGCAGUUUGGAAUUAAUUUCUGAGAGAAAGGUCUACAGAAGUCUCAUGUAGUUAGUAUACAUGGCCAUAUAUGGAUUACAAUGAGUUCUCAUCAUACUGUCUUGCGGCAUGACCACUCGAAAACUUAUAAAGUUACAGGAACAGAGACACCUUUGUGGGUCAAAAUUGUGAGUGCUGGAGCAGGGGCAUGUAUUGCCGAGAUAUUUACUAUCCAGUUUGAUACCGCCAAAGUCAGACUGCAGGUUCAGAGUAUGCAAGAUGGACCUAUGAAAUACAAAGGUGUAUGGAGUACCCUUAGGACCAUGGCAAAAGAGGAAGGUGUAAAAGGUCUAUACAGAGGGCUAACCCCUGCCCUACAUCGCCAGCUCGGCUUUUCCACCAUAAAACUGGGAUGUUAUGACAGCACAAAACACUUCUACACAGACUUACUCUACCAUGAUAAAGAGAUGCUUGCUCAUGUUCCUGUAAGUAUUCGGAUCCUGGCUGGAGUAACAACAGGCGUCCUAGCUGUAGGCUUCGCACAGCCUACAGAAGUUGUCAAAGUUCGUAUGCAAGCCCAGUUUGGGGCGAACAAGGGAAGAUACUCUGGCACAAUGCAAGCUUACAGACAUAUCUUCACCACUGAAGGGAUUAAAGGACUUUGGCGUGGAUGUGUCCCAAACAUGACAAGGAAUGGGAUCAUUAACAUAUCAGAGGUCGUGACCUAUGAUAUAUUUAAUGAGUGGAUCAUUAGGAAUCGACUACUUGAGGAUGGGAUGCCAUGUCACUUGGUGUCAGCCAUAGCUGCUGGGUUCUGUGCUACUGUUGUUUCUUCACCAGUGGAUGUAGUCAAGACCCGCUAUAUGAACUCUAUCAAAUCUCAGUAUAACAACAUACUUCACUGUAUUAUGUCACUCUGGAAAAAACAUGGCUUCUUUGGAUUUUACAAGGGAUUUUAUCCAGCGCUUGUGAGACUUGGGACUUGGAAUACAUUUACAUUUCUAAGCUAUGAAAAAAUAAAGCUGCUUCUCCAUCCAAAUCCGUUAUCUUACACACUGAUACCAGCUCAGAAUGUGAACAAGGCAGGACAUCUAGAUAGAAAACACAGAUGAUGAAGGGACUCGUAUUGAGUACAUGAUAUUAUUUACACAAGAGUACAGUACAGUAACUUAAUAUGUGAUAUAUAUGUGAUGUCCCUCACACAACAGAAUUUUAACAUUUUAAAACUUAAUUUCAUUGUGCAAAUUCUAGUCUUUGACCUGUAUAUGGAGGUUAUACUGUACAUAUGUACAUGUAUGCUUUCUCAGGGUGCAUAUGAUUGUGUUGAACACUCUAAAUGCCUUAAAAGGAACAGGUCUGUUCCACCUGGUGCUAUUAGUUAGUGAAAUUAGUUAAAUUCCAAAUGCUAUUAUUUUUGUGAACAGAUUAUAGUUUGUUCAUGCAAUAUUAUAUAUUGUAACUAAUUUUAUGGAUGACUUGGAGGUUUGUUUUUACUUGCAAUUUCCUUAAGCAUGUUAAGAGAAACAAUUGAUAUGCUAAGUUCUAAUGAGGCUGCAGCAUGCAUUUCUUGCAAACAAAUACAUGUACAAUGUAUGUAUACUGAUACAAUUAUUAUCUGAGGUAUCAUCCUCACAUUUUACUUUACAUCUCUUAAUACCCACAAAGUACAGAUAUGCCAGGUUUUCCUCACUUAAUGGUUCAAUCAAUAACCUAUUAAUUCAUUUCUAACCUUUCAAGAGAAAUCCUCUAAUUCAAUUCUACAUGACAUUGUAGUAUAUCGAGACAACAGGAUAAUUAUUCAAUGUCUAACAAGGAUUUAACAUAAUCCUGUAUAAAAUGGUUUUGAAAUUGUCAUAUUGAAACCAUAAUGUCCCAUGAUAUUUUGUUAUAAGGAAUUCAGCAUUUAUCUGAUAUUUUUCUUAAUGUGGUUAUGCACUCGUGACUAUAACAGUGAAUAAGAAAGUGAGGGUCAAUGAAUAGAAUAUAUAUAAAUAGUGGGCCAAAAAAGAAUUCAGAUAUUAUUAAGCUUCUUUAAUUCUCAUCCAUUUUGAUAUUAGAACAUAUAGUUUUGGAAAGGGAUAUUCUAUAGAAUUUUAUCACACUGUGAAUUUAUUUGUGGUUAUGGGAAUUAUUAUACAAUAUAAUAAUAUGCCUUAUUAAAAGUGUGACUUUGUACAUUGUAUUUAUAACAAGCAUGUGCCAUAUACUUUUGUACUCUUGCUAUUGAUGUUGACAUUAUUUGAAAUCCAGAGUGUUUAAUUAUUAACUUGACCACUUGAAUAAUAAUAUAAAAAAAAUUGAUUUUGAGAAAUUUUUCUUCAAUAGAUGGAUUCUGUGCCUAUUACAUGUAUCUAUCGUAUACAUGUAACAGAGCUACUUGAAUUUCAAAAUACUCUGUUUUUAAUUUUAUCGUUUCCUAUUUAUUUUUCCAUUGAAAAGUUUAGAUCUAUUUUAAUUUUAGAUGGAUUAUAGAGAAGCGUAUUUGUUAUACUAUUUUCAUAUUAAUAAAUUUUUAUAAAUGUUCAACUUGUUAAUAAAAUAAAUGCUAACAAGUUUUUUU